AUGUGUACAUGUUUGGCUCCUGUCCAUUUUCUGUGCUCAAGCUGCCGAAGUGAAGCGAGCGAUAAUGCGGGUUCCGGAUCUGAAAAACAAACAUCGGAUUUUGGAGAAGAUGGCGAUGAUAUAAUUGCAGAAGAAGGUGGGGAGGACAUGACUGGUACUUCAGAGUUCACAGUUGAACAUGAUGAGGAGAUCGAGGGAGCGAUAGGUGAAAAUGAGGAGAUGCUGCCAGUGGUGGCGGACAUGGCAAGUAUCACCAAUGACAAUGUGGGCUCAGAGAACGACAGUCGCACUGUUCCUGGGCUGCUGUUGGUGACAAUUUCAAGUGUCUGCAAUGUUGGUGACACCGUAAUAGCUGCAAACAAUAACUUAGUGGUGGAAGAGAGGCCUUCGGAUGAAACCGGGCGUUCAAAACGAAAGCGUGUUCCAAGGCAGAUGCCAGAUGCCUUGAAUGGAUGCCUGUGCAGGAUAGUGGUGGACUCCCUAUCAGAUGGGGUUCUUGAAUGUAAGAAGCUUGGUUGUGAGAUGCAAUGGUAUCACCUAGAUUGCAUUUUGUUGGACAUUGUUCCACGAAACUGGGUUUGCGAGGCCUGUGAGGCAUCUGGGACAAGUAGAGGGACAAAGCGAUCAUGA